AUGUCGGUUUUCAUCGCUUUCGUAGCCAUUUGUAUGCCCGCUCUUACUGAAGGGUGCGGUUCUCGUCCGCCCGGUGCCCGUGUGGUUAACGGGGAAGAUGCUGCGCCACGUUCAUAGCCCUAGUAGAUUUCUCUCAGAGUUAAUGGACGACACAUCUGCGGAGGGUCUCUGAUCAAGUGCUACUGGGUUGUUACUGCUGGCCAUUGCGUAGAAAGGAACCUAGAUCCCCGAGGGUACACAGUGGUCGUUGGUGCCCACAUCAGAACUAGGACCACAGCUGUUCAACAAACAUUCAAUUUGAAAAAGCUUUUCAAACACGAAGGAUUCUCGAUGAGCCAUCUAAAGAAAGACAUUGCCCUGCUACAACUGGAUGGCGAAGUUACACUUAGCGAUAAAGUCAACUUGGUUUGUUUGCCAACUAAAAGAAGUAGAAUUCUUGCUGUAACUGAGUGUUUUAUCACUGGUAAAAGGAUCAUUGGAGGUGGCCCAGCCGCAAACGCCCUGCAGCAAGCAAAACUUCCGGUUGCAGAUCACAAUACGUGCAACAGAACAAACGGUCAACUCGCUCCAGUCGAGGAAUCAAGUAUGCUCGGUGCAGGUAGUGGACAAGCAAACCAGGCAGCUUGUUGCCAAGGAGAUAGUGGACGUCCGUUUGUUUGUAAAGAAAAUGACGCAUGGGUUUUACGAGACGCAGUCAGCUGGGGAAAUGAAAUGUGCAAGACUGAUUUCUACAAUGUGUUUGCCCGUGUCAGCAGUUUCAAUGACAGACUCAAUCAGAAAAUGUGUCGAAGUCAUGGUGGUGGUAUUGGGCGUGCUUGUAAGGAUAGCAGCAAGUACUGCCCAGUGCUCGCUGCGCAAUGCUCGACUAACGCUUACGUAUCUAAAAGUGGAGAGCUGUUUCGACAUAAGGUCUCGUCGGAGGAGCGAAAAAUACAAGUAUCUGACUCUGAACAGACAACCACUUUGCAUCGUGACACGAUAAGGAAGGAUUUGUUUACAACUGAUAUUCGUUAUCAUCUCCUUGCUAUGCAGAUUUCAGGACUCGAUAAAAAAUUGCUAUUGUGGGGUUGA